CGAGAUAAGAGCAGUACCAUCGCAAUCGUUUGUCACAUAAGAUGAAGGUAACUGUGGUUUUUAUUGGAGCUGUCUUGGUUGCGCUGAUACCUGGAGUUCCUGCUCCAGCUGGUCACCAAUCCAAGUUCUGCAAGACAUGUCACAAUGCUCCUAGUUAUGACGCAUGCGUAACGUUAGAAGCUUGUCACGCAGGGGCAUGCAUGACAGAGGUUCAUGAUUUAAACGGAGUCCUUUCAUUCACAAUGGGCUGUAAGGGUCAUCAUGAAUGCGAACAACCGCAUUUAAUAGGAAGGGCCGGACAUCAUGGUCAAGUUGUUUGCAGACAAUGUUGCCUGACCACUGGAUGUGAACAAAACCAAUGCGCCAGCUACUAUGCAAGUGCCGUCGCCACGACACCACCCAUGACGUCAGUAAACAUAGCUACUUCAACUUGCGUUGACCACGAAAGCGAUUCAUUCAAUUGUAGCGACUACGACAAGUAUGACCUCUGUCACGAUACCAACUCCAUCGCAUACUCACUUGCUCAUGACAAAUGUCAGAAGCACUGUGGGUUUUGCGACUGUUUUAAUGUGGAAAGUGACACCUUUAAGUGUGUCGACUUGGACAAAUUCAACUUUUGCACGGACCCUAACUCUGUCGCUUACGCUCUUUCGCACGAAAAGUGUAAAAAGCACUGUGGAUUGUGUGGCCCUGCGCCACCAGCCACCACCACUGUACUUUCACCAACAAAGGCAACAAUGACCAUGGCACCAGAUACACAGCCACCACAGCCUGUCCAAACAACAACAGCCAUUAUGCCACCCACGCCUACCACUACCCAAGCUCCUGUUACUGCAACUGCUGCUCCAGUUGUUCAGACGACAGAAGCGGCAACAACAACUGAAGAACUGACAGCUGUUCCAACAACAAGCCCAUUGCCAACGACAAUGAUGGAGACGACCACAACUCAACCAAUGAUAACCAACACAGCAUCCGCAGCACCAAUGAAAACAACCGACGUUUCAAUGAUUGCAUCAACAACUAACCUACCAAUGACCACCACAACAACUGACGUACCAAUGACUACAACAACAACAACUAACGUGCCUGUGACGACAACAACCGAGCUACCAAUGACUACAACAAGGACAAUGAUCACGAGCUCUACUGGUGUCCCUGCGACAGCGGUUGGACAAGGCUCUACGACAAUGGAGAAGCCACUGUAUCCAUCCGCUCAGACAACGACAACUAAUGGCCCUACAACCACGACAGGUGGAUCUGUCGUUAUUAUCGGCGGGAGAAGCAUUGACCAAAAUUAGGUCCACCAUCCGAAAAACGACUAAAGCCUUAAAAGAUGUUCUAACUCGCCGGGAGCCUACCAAUUCUUCUGUUUCUUAAUUUAGUUCAAUAAAAACUUGAGAUAAUCCUUCAA